AUGCCAUUUAAAUAUCAGCCGAUUGAUGGACAUUAUCAUGCAAAUCCUUCUGAACUAGUGGAUUGUUCUAAUAUUGGAGUAGAUGUUUUGAAAGAAGGUGGAACAGCUGUCGAUGCGGCAAUCGCAACUGAAAUUUGUGUCGGAACCAUUAAUGCAUUUUCCGCUGGUAUUGGAGGUGGCGGAAUAAUGAUAAUUCGCUUACCAAAUGGAACAUCAGAAUUUAUUGAUUCUCGGGAAACAGCGCCACUUGUAGCGAAUAAAAAUAUGUUUGUUAAAGAUCCUAUUUCUGCUUCUGUUGGCGGUCUUUCAUUCCGUGAUCAAGUUGCACAUGAAGCUCGAAUACAAGAAAUAAUGUCAAAAGAAUACGCGACAUCGGUUCGAGCCAAUAUUUCUGAUAAUGAAACGUUUCCUCCCCUCUAUUAUAACCCAAUGUAUGAUCAAAUGGAUGAUCAUGGCACCACUCAUGUGUCGGUUUUAGAUAUUAAUGAUAUGGCCGUUUCAUUCACUUCUACUGUUUAUCCUGUAACUGGAAUAUUGUUAAAUGACGAAAUGGAUGAUUUUUCUAUUCCAGGACGACCAAAUGCCUUCGGACUUUUUCCUUCUCCUUACAAUUAUGCUGUUCCAGCAAUUGUUGAAAAUGAAGAUGGGAAUGUUGAAUUAGUGGCUGGUGGCAGUGGUGGAACUAAAAUUCUUUCUGCUGUUUUUCAGGUCCUAUUACAUAAUGUAGAAGAUAGAGGUUAUUCUUGCCAAGUGCAUGCUGUUAGAAAACUAAAAGAUGGAACUAUCCAUGGUAUAUGUUUGUUCAAAUUCUCGUAA